GCGGCGGGAUGGAGGCGGCGCAGCGGCGGAGCCCCGAGCCUCGGGAGAAGCCGCCGGUGCUGGACGGGGAGGCGGCGGGGGCGCCCGCGGGGGCGUCGGGCGCGGCCCCGGCCUCGCCGGCGGCGACGGAGCAGAUCGUGGCGGAGGGCGAGGCGGCGGCGGCGGCGGCGGCGGGCACGUUCGUGCAGCGGCAGCUCGGGGCGAUGCUGCAGCCCGCCGUGAACAAGUUCUCGCUGCGCAUGUUCGGCAGCCACCGGGCCGUGGAGAUCGAGCGGCAACGGGUGAAGUCGGCAGGCACCUGGAUUAUCCAUCCUUACAGCGACUUCAGGUUUUACUGGGACCUCAUCAUGCUGCUCCUGAUGGUGGGCAACUUGAUCAUCCUGCCCGUGGGCAUCACCUUCUUCAAGGAUGAGAACACCCCUCCCUGGAUCGUUUUCAACGUGCUCUCGGACACUUUCUUCCUGGCUGACCUGGUGCUGAACUUCCGGACAGGCAUCGUGGUGGAGGACAACACGGAGAUCAUCCUCGACCCUCACACCAUCAAAAUGAAAUACUUGAAGAGCUGGUUCCUGGUGGACUUCAUUUCCUCCAUCCCUGUCGACUACAUCUUCCUCAUCGUCGACCUGGAGACCCAGGUGGAUUCUGACGUCUACAAGACGGCGCGGGCGCUGCGCAUCGUGCGCUUCACCAAAAUCCUCAGCCUGCUGCGCCUGCUGCGCCUCUCGCGCCUCAUCCGCUACAUCCACCAGUGGGAGGAGAUCUUCCACAUGACCUACGACCUGGCCAGCGCCGUGGUGAGGAUCUUCAACCUCAUCGGGAUGAUGCUGCUGCUGUGCCACUGGGAYGGCUGCCUGCAGUUCCUGGUGCCCAUGCUGCAGGACUUCCCCGAGGACUGCUGGGUCUCCAAAAACCACAUGGUGAACGACUCGUGGGGGAAGCAGUACUCACACGCGCUGUUCAAGGCCAUGAGCCACAUGCUGUGCAUCGGCUACGGGCAGCAGGCRCCSGWGGGCAUGWCSGACGUGUGGCUCACCAUGCUCAGCAUGAUCGUGGGUGCCACCUGCUACGCCAUGUUCAUCGGCCACGCCACCGCCCUCAUCCAGUCGCUGGACUCGUCGCGGCGCCAGUACCAGGAGAAGUACAAGCAAGUGGAGCAGUACAUGUCAUUCCACAAACUGCCGGGGGACACGCGCCAGCGCAUCCACGAGUACUACGAGCACCGCUACCAGGGCAAGAUGUUCGACGAGGAGAACAUCCUGGGGGAGCUCAGCGAGCCGCUCAAAGAGGAAAUCAUCAACUUCAACUGCCGUAACCUGGUGGCCAACAUGCCCCUGUUCGCCAACGCCGACCCCAAUUUCGUGACGGCCAUGCUGACCAAGCUGCGCUUCGAGGUYUUCCAGCCCGGGGACUUCAUCAUCCGCGAGGGCACCGUGGGUAAAAAGAUGUACUUCAUCCAGCACGGCGUGGUCAGCAUCCUCACCAAGGGCAACAAGGAGACRAAGCUGUCUGAUGGCUCCUACUUUGGGGAGAUCUGCCUGCUGACGCGUGGCAGGCGCACGGCCAGCGUGCGAGCCGACACCUACUGCCGCCUGUACUCGCUGUCGGUGGAUAACUUCAACGAGGUGCUGGAGGAGUACCCCAUGAUGCGCAGGGCCUUCGAGACCGUGGCCAUGGACCGGCUGGACCGCAUCGGAAAGAARAACUCCAUCCUCCUCCGCAAGCGAGCCGAGCACAGCUCGGGACCCCUCAACACCGAGAUGAUCCAGCAGAUCGUCAAGCACGACCAGGACGUGGCUCACAGCAUCCAGGACCUGCAGCAGAUGGCCAUGGGCCGGGAGCUGAGCGGGAAGCCGGUCAUCUGGGAGCCGCUGGUGCACGCUCCCCUGCAGACGGCCGCGGCCACCACCAACGUGGCCAUCGCGCUGACCCACCAGCACAGCCUGCAGGCUCACAUCUUCCUGCCKCCCUCCUCCAUCUCCAGCCCGCUGUCUCCCGAGGCCACCCUGCUCGCCAAACCGGUGCGCCGCUCGCAGCCCAGYCUGGGCGGCUCCCGGCCCUCCUCCGUCAGCUCCCCGUCCGCGCCGCAGUCGCACCUCCAAACGCCCGCCGCCGGCUCGCCUUCCUCGCCCAUGGUCCAGUCGCAGGCGCCGCUGGAGAGACCCAGCCCCGGGGCGCAGCCCCUGCAGCAAGCGGCGCCGAGGGGGGAGAUGCCAGCGGGGUCCAAGCAGCCCCCGGCCGGCCCCCAGCCCCAGCUCUCCCGGUCCCGCGGAGCCUCGGUGUCCACCUCGCUGCUGCAGCAAGCGGCGGGCGCGGCGUCCCCCAGCUCCGAGCAGGCGCUGCCGCCGGGGAGAACGCUCCACUACAGCCUGUCCCGAGCCACCGGCUCGCACAUCUCCCUCCUGAUGCAGCCCCAGCAGCUGGUGAAGCACAGGAGCAUCCAGGGCUUGCCGGUGGGGCGGCUCACCCAGGAUGUCCGGCUCCUCUCCGCCUCCCAGCCUUCCCUUCCCAAUAAAGUGGCCCAGCAAGCCGACGGGAGCUCUUUGAAGCAGGGCAGGAAAUCCGCGGGGAACCUGGCCCGCAGGUCCUCGCCCUCGGUAGCCGGACUGGUAGCCAAGCCGUGUCCGGGGAUGCCAGGCCAGCCCACGCACUCGCAGGUGCCUUCAGGAUCGCUGGCUCAGCCCGGCCGCUCCACGGCGGCAGCGUCCACUCCCCAAUCCCCGGGCUCGGCGUCCCGGCAGGCGGCAGCUCCCUCCCGCAAGGGCUCCGUGGCCUUCAGCCCCGAGGUGGAAACGGGGAAGCCCAAACUCYCAUCCAACAUGUGAGUCCUGGCGGCACCCACGCAGGCAGGAGGGACCCGGGCACCCCGGCGGCACAGGAGGCGGGGGGAACAGAGCGGCAGCCCCGCCGUGUCRGAGGGAAAACGAGGUGAGAGGCGGCAGCCGGGGCCGUGGAGGGGCUGUUGGAGGCUCGGGGGCACGGCAGAGAUGGGCAGCUGGAUGAGGAGGGGGCUCUGCUGAAUGCCCCGAGGGGGUCACCCUGCCCGGGCUGUCCCCUCUUUGCUCAUCGCCGUCUGUGCGUUCUGCCCUCCUCCCGGAGGCACGGGACAGGUCAGAGCCYUUGCCCAAACUCUGGCCUCACCGGGGAGCUCAUCUCCCCGCUCUCCGUGUCCCUCAGCCUGUCCUCGGGGCCAGGCUGGUGCUGGCAGCUCCUCCAGCUCGUCCCUGUCACAGCKGGGGCUGCUCCRCGCCCGCCUCGAUCCCCAGAUCGCUCUGCCCAGCGCCUUUGCCUUUUGGGGGAGGAGGGAGAGACCCCUGGGUGUGCUGCCCGGGUGGAGGGAGGGGGCUGCAGGGGCUCCCCGGGCAGGCAGAUGAAGGGGGUCUGGGGUCAGCAGGGGCCGGGUCUCCCUUUCCCGCGGCCCCACUGGGUGCAGGUGCCAGRAUUUGGGGGUCCCGGGCAGGGUUCCCCCAGUCUGACGAUUGCCAGGGGGCAAAGCUGGGGGUGGUCUCCACUGAGCAGCCCCCCAUUCCCCUCCCUGGUUUGUGGGAGUGUUUGGCCUCAGAGGUGCUGAGUCCCUGUGAGGUUGGGAUGUGCUGCUGGGCGGGGCUCUGCCCCACACCCGGGAACUGUGGCUGCCCCCCCACUGCCCCCCAACCUGGCAUGGGGGCGGCCUGGGGGGAUUCUGCUGCCUGCAGCUCCAGGAGGAUGCUCAGAGGGUCAGUCCAAGGGGACUCCUCUGUGGUCCUGGAGGAUUCCAGAAGGUCACCAGAGGGACCCUUCUGUGGCUCCAGGAGGAUGCUCAGAGGGUCAGUCCAAGGAGACCUCUCUGUGGCUCCAGGAUGAUGUCCAGAAGGUCAUCUGGGUGGACCCUUCUGUGGCUCCAGGAGGAUGCUCAGAGGGUCACCGGGGGUACCCCAUUUCCUGUGGCCCCAGGAGGAUGCUCAGAGGGUCAGUCCAAGGAGACCUCUCUGUGGCUCCAGGAUGAUGUCCAGAAGGUCAUCUGGGUGGACCCUUCUGUGGCUCCAGGAGGAUGCUCAGA